ACGCGAGUCUUUAUUCAAAUAACCAAGAACUUGGCAUAUAGAAUUUUUCUCUUUUGUAUAGCCUUUUAUCUAAAGUUUACUGAAGUUGUUAAAAUGUCUCGUUUUGUUCGUUCUUCGAAAUUCAGACACGUUUUUGGUACAGCGGCUAAACAUGAUAAUUGCUUUGAUAAUGUAAAGAUUUCAGCUAGCGCGUGGGAUACCAAUCUCGUGAAAGUUAAUCCUUUAUUUGUUUCCAUCAAUUGGAAUGCUGGUGGAGGAGGAGCUUUUGCUGUUAUUCCGCAUAAGAAUGUUGGUAAAAUUAACGAUGGUAUACCACUUUAUCGCGCGCAUACCGCUCCUGUUUUGGAUACAGACUUUGCAAACUUUAAUGAUUAUGUUGUUGCAUCUUGUGGCGAGGAUUCCAAAGUAAUGAUUUGGUCAGUUCCAGAAGAACUCGGUGAACCGGAAUCUCCAGAUGUUGAACCCGUAGCUAAGUUAAAUGCUCAUGGAAGAAAGGUUGGGCAUGUCUUAUUUCAUCCUGUUGCAGAUAAUGUUCUCGCUUCUUCAUCUGCAGAUCUUACCAUAAAAUUAUGGGAUAUCGAGAAAGGAGCAGGGAAACAAGAACUUAGUGGUUUUUUGGAUUUCAUACAGUCGAUGUCUUGGAAUUGGAAUGGCAGUUUAUUAGCUACUACAUGUCGUGACAAAAAACUCAGGAUUUUUGAUGUACGAUCUAAUAAAGUAGUUCAGGAAGCUCAAAGUCACCAGGGUGUUAAAGGGUCCAGAGUUGCAUGGCUCGGUGAUAGUGAGAGAAUUGUGACAACAGGCUUUUCAAAAAUGAGCGAUCGCCAAGUAUAUGUUUGGGAUUCUUCUAAAUUGGAAAAACCUUUAAAAACUAUGAUGUUAGAUACGUCAUCUGGAAUUGUUAUGCCAUUUUAUGAUCAAGAUACGAAGAUAUUGUAUUUGGCAGGCAAGAGUGAUGGUAAUAUUCGUUAUUAUGAAUUUGAAAAUGAUGAAUUAUACAGUUUAUCAGAGUAUAAAUCAUCCGAGCCUCAACGUGGAAUGGCAUUUAUGCCUAAACGUGCUGUAAAUGUUAAUGAAUGUGAAAUUGCUAGAGCUUAUAAAGUUACUAGUAAUUGUGUUGAACCAAUUUCAUUUGUAGUACCGCGAAGGUCUGAUGCAUUCCAAGCUGAUUUAUUCCCUCCAACAUUAAGUGGAGAACCAGCACUAACGGCUGAUGAAUUUUUUGAAGGAAAGAAUGCAAAUCCAAAAACUAUUAAUUUAGAAGAUGAAGUUGUUGUUAAGGAUAAAAAAGAAUUUGUUUCUACGGCACCAAAAGAAGAAGAAAAAGAAGAGAAAGUUCCUAAAACUUCGUAUAGUAUCAAGAAGCAUAUCAUCAAUUGCGCCAAGAAAACGAUGAUCUGCGGAAUCAAUUGGCACAACGAGAUGUUACUAUUCGUGCGCUAACGAUUCAAUUAGAAAAUUUGAAAUCAUCUUAAUUAAUAAUUAUUUGCAAAAUGUUAAAAGAGAGCAAGUUUUAGAGUAAAUGACUAUUUAUUAUUUUAUUAUAUUACAUUGAAUUAUUAAAUUAUAUUAUUAUUUAUUUGUAUUAAAAAAAAAAAAAUUUUUUAAGAUUAAAAAUAAAAUUUUUGUAAUAUUUGAGG